AAAGCAUGUUUCGCACUCACUCAUUCCUCGGCACAAAGGCGGAGAGAAGAGAGCACUCUAGCCUGAACUCCGUAGAGAAUCUUCAUGACUUUGUCUUAACUUCCUUUUUGCAGGAAAAAAAACAUUUAAAUGAUUCUCGUGACUUUUGCUGUGUGAUCUCGGAGAAGACAAAGCGUUAACAUCGGCUGUAAACUCGGCCGCGCACAUCCACUUGUUUUUCUUGCGAGCAAGGAUGACGCUGCUGGUGCGCACUCGGAUUAAACGCUGGUUCCUAAUGGUCCUCUUCGCCACCGCCACGAGGUGUCAAGCGCCGGAGGGUCGCCCCAAACCUUACUCCAUCGGGCCGGUUCUUCUUGCGGGUGCUGCGGAGGAUCAGGCGCCCAUGGUCGCCGUCUCCAACCGCUCGGCUGCCGCGCACGUCAAGAAGUUCAACAUCUUUGCGCAGCAGGUGUAUCCGUGCAGCAACGACAAGGAGUGCAGCGUGGGAAGUUACUGCCACAGCCCCCAUCAAGCGCCCUCGCGUUGCCUCGCCUGCCGCAGAAGGAAGAAGCGCUGCCACCGGGACGCCAUGUGUUGCCCCGGCAACCGUUGCCAUAACUAUAUUUGCUUGGCAAUCUCCGAGAGCGUGAUCUCGCCUCGCAUCUCCGCCUUGGAUGAACACAACAAGCUUACCGCUAAAGACCACAGCUGGAGGAAAAGCACCGGGAAAACACAGGCCAAGCAUUCUCCUAAAGGUCACGAGGGCGACCCGUGCUUGCGUACGUCCGACUGUUCCGAGGGCUACUGCUGCGCCCGCCACUUCUGGACCAAAAUCUGCAAGCCGGUGCUGCGACUCGGCGAGGUUUGCAGCAAGCAAAAGAAGAAAGGCUCGCACAGCCUGGAGAUUUUCCAGCGCUGCAAUUGCGCCAAAGGCCUCUCGUGCAAGGUGUGGAAAGAUGACACCUCGUCGUCAAAGUCCAGACUGCACAUGUGCCAGAAGAUUUGAAAGAAGAGAAGGCAACGUCUUCAGCGAGCAACACGAUCAGCCCAGGGAACUUUUAUUUUUUUGUAAAAGGACACAACUACGUGGGUGUUAUUUUACGUUGAUGACAUUCAGGGAUGGAGGGACUCCAGGCGGAGCCAGAUUAUUAUUGUUAAUAUGCAUUCCUUAACACGCUGCAAAGUCCAUUUGCUCUCAAGUCCACCUCUUAUUACCGCUCAAAAGCUUUUCCACAAUAACCGUAUGCUAGUCGCUAAACGUUAGCGACAGCAAAGUAAGGAAUAGCAACCAUGUCAUCUAUUCCGUCCAUUGUUCGGAUUCAUUGUCAAUGAAAUACAACUGUUGUGUUUACAAUCUCUAGUUCUGCUUUUCGGCUUAUUGAAGGAUACGACGGGAAGCCAGUCAAACUUUUGAUCCGAAUGACUAUGUGUAACGCUAAUCCGCAUAUUAUCUUAUCUCCCUCUGUUCCAUGACUUUAUUUGUAACCAUUUCAAAAUAAAGGUAUGCUCCUAUAUUGUAAAUAGAAUGGAGGGCGACGAUGAUGACAUAUUUAAGAAACAGUGUAUAUCGUGUACAUAUCAUAAGAUAUAAAGCCUGAAUGGUACAGCCAAAAGAAUAUAGGUGAGAAGAACGAAGAGACCAAAUAAGUUAGCCGGCAGAUGCAUCACAAGGAAAGUUACUGCAACACAAAUACAUUGUGUGUAAAUGCUAUGUAUAUGAUGUUAAGAUUGAUAUCUCAACUAAAUAUUGUUUUAUGUGAAUAAUUGUGAUUGAUUUGUUUUUACAAUGAUGGACAAAUUAAAAGAAUGUAUUUUGUAUUAA